CACCUCUUCCAAAUCUGCCUCGACAUCAACGAUCCAGCGUAUCGCCUCUGCCCUCGAGCGGCGCACUCCUCUGUCCAUCUCCAUCUCCAGCGCCUCUCUCUUUGGCCGACUCUUGCGCACUCACAUCUGCUGCCCGCUUGCGAACGACGACAGCGAGGCCUUCCGCUCGAACCUUUUUUUUUUUUUCUCCCCUCCCAUCCGACGCAGCCACUUCGCUGUCACACAUCUGCCCAUCAUGAAGGUCACAUUUCGAGAUCUCAAGCAACAAAAAUUCGUCCUCGAUGUAGAGCCCACAGACCAAAUCUCCGCCGUCAAGGAGAAGAUCGCGGCCGAGAAGGGCUGGGAGCCCAAGACCCAGAAACUCAUCUACUCAGGCAAAAUCUUGAAGGAUGAUGAUACCGUUCAGUCAUACAAUAUCGAGGAGAAGGGAUUUGUCGUCUGCAUGGUGAACAAGCCGAGGCCCGCCGCCGCCGCCGCACCCGCCGCCGCUGCAGCACCGCCAGCUACUCCUGCGCAGCGAGUUCCCAGCACACCUGCUGUGCCCCCUGCCCCCUCUCAGACUUCCAGCCAGGCCCCUCCUCCAGCAACACCGACUCCUAACCGCUCCGUCGAGUCGCCGUCCGGCGGUGUAUCUGGCUUGGCCAUGGGUGCCGAGCGCGCCGAAGCCAUCGCCAACAUGGAAGCCAUGGGCUUCGAAAGAACCCAAAUCGAGGCAGCUAUGCGUGCUGCCUUCAACAACCCCGACAGAGCUGUUGAAUAUCUUCUAACUGGCAUCCCCGAGAACAUCCAACAAGAACAGCAACAACGGGCAAGCCAACAGCAGGCCGCCGCUGCCGCACCAACUGCCGCCCCUGCUGCUGAUGACGAUGGUGGUGUUAACCUGUUUGACCUCGCUGCUCAGCGAAGAGGUGGCGGUGCCAGCGAUGCCCCCGCGGCCGCUGGCGCUGGACAGGGCGACCUGGGCAAUCUUGAUUUCCUUCGCCACAAUGCCCAGUUCCAACAGCUUCGUCAAGUGGUUCAGCAGCAGCCCCAAAUGCUUGAGCCUAUCCUCCAGCAGCUUGGUGCCGGCAACCCUCAGCUUGCCCAGCUGAUUGCUUCAAACCCAGACCAAUUCCUGCAGCUCCUUGGUGAGGAUGCUGAUGACGACGUUCCCCUGCCCCCUGGCGCCCAGGCCAUCUCUGUUACGGAAGAAGAGCGUGAUGCGAUUGAGCGGUUAUGCCGACUUGGAUUCGACCGGGACCAAGCCAUCCAGGCCUACUUUGCCUGCGAUAAGAACGAGGAGCUUGCGGCCAACUUCCUCUUUGACCAACCAGAGGACGAUGAGCCGCCGACAAACUAGGAAGACCUUGUGGGAAGCUGAGAAGUCGUUGGAGCGUUUCAAUGGUAAUGAGCAAAGGAAAGACUUGGGAGGACAAAUGGAAGAUAAUUUUGAUAAUUUGGCAAUAUUAAGGCGUAGGAUGACCUCGUGGGGCGAACGACCGUAAUAAUGCUGCUGCUUUUGAAAAUUCAAGUAUCACUUACUGGUUGGACCUAUUCGAAAGAAAUGAAGGCGCUGGCCCGGGAACAAACGAGACGAAACGAGACGGGGCCGCGGGACGCUUUGACAGGUCAUAUGGGAAUUUUACUUACUCUGAUAUCGAAUUUGGCAGAAGAAAAAAAAGUCUAACGUUAAAGCAGACUUUGUGUCUAUACUCAUUGAAUCGUGAAGAGUAAGCUGGAUAUAUCUCUAGGAUGGCAAUAUGCGAACAAAUUGAAUAAGAAGUUGUUUAGUAUUGUUCUUGAU